UGCAUAUACAUAUUUAUCAAAAUCAACUAGCAAACAACUAUUCUCUUUUUUUUAUCUCUUACGUACUUAUCAAAAUUAUCAAUGGCAACUCCAACCCUCAAAACAAGGGAAUGCCAACAAACACCUCUACAACCUCCAACUUAUGGGGAGAUAAUCACUAUCCUCAGCAUUGAUGGAGGUGGAAUUAGAGGAAUCAUACCUGCAGUCAUCCUAGCCUUCUUGGAGGAUGAGCUUCAGACACUGGACAAUAAUAAGGAUGCAAGAUUGGUAGACUAUUUUGAUGUGAUAUCUGGAACAAGUACUGGUGGUCUCGUGACUGCUAUGCUAACUACCCCUGAUCCUGAGAAGAAUAACCGCCCUUUGUUUGCUGCUAAGGAUAUCAAGAAAUUCUAUCUUGAUAAUUCACCUAAAAUCUUCCCCCAAACCGGUGUACCUUUUGGUUGUAUUGGAAAAAUGUUUAAAGCUUUAACAGGUCCCAGAUACGACGGAGAAGAACUGCACAAGAUUCUCAAGGAAAAAUUGGGAGAGACAAAAUUGAGCCAGACCUUGACAAAUGUUGUAAUCCCAACUUUUGACAUCAAGAGACUUCAACCAACCAUCUUCUCUAGCUAUAUGGUGAAGAACAACGCAAACCCAUUGAAAGAUGCUCUACUCUCUGAUAUAUGCAUUGCAACUUCGGCUGCUCCAACUUAUCUUCCCCCGCAUCAAUUUAAAACCAACGACUCCAAUGGAGGGGAGAGGGAAUUCAAUCUUAUCGACGGUGGUGUUGUUGCUAACAACCCGACUUUGAUGGCUAUCAGUGAAGUAAUAAAAGAAAUGACAAAAGGCGAUAAUGCCGAGUUGCACCACAUAGAUUACAGUAGGUUCCUGGUUUUAUCAUUAGGAACUGGUGAAGCCAAAGAUGAAGACAAAUAUGACGCCAAAGAAGCAGCUGGUUGGGGUGUCUUCAGUUGGUUGACUGCUGGCAAUUCAACUCCUUUGAUCAACUUCUUCACUGAAUCCAGUAGCGACCUUGUUGACUACCACCUUGACACUCUUUUCCAAGCCAUUAACCAGAAAAAAAGUUAUUUUCGCAUUCAGGAUUACUCUUUGGAAAAAGAAGAGGCUUCUGUGGACAUUGCAACGAAGAAGAACUUGGAGGCACUUGUACAAGUUGGGGAGGAAUUGUUGAAGAAACCAAUGUCUAGGGUUAAUCUUGAGAUUGGUGUCUCUGAACUUGCUACUCAGGUUACAUACGAAGAGACUCUUAAGAAGUUUGCAAAAGAACUCUCGAGGCUUCGUAAGACAAGGGCAACAAAAGUGCAAGUAACCGGAUCCAAGGACUGAAACUACGUACAUUCAUACAUACAUGUACUCCCUAUAUGCUAUAUAUAUAUAUAUAUAUAUAUAUAUAUAUAUAGCAUAUGGAAUAUAUGCUUACUUCUACGUAUCAUAUGUACUAUGUAAUUUACUUUUCACUUAAACAAGGUUUCAUGUACCAAAAUUUUGUUCGUUUUCAUUCGGCAA